AUCAGAACUCUUCAAUCACAUGAACUCUGAGCAUAAUUUCAAUGUAGGACUGCCAGACAACUUGGUAAACACAGAUGAAUUCCUGGAUUUACUGCAGGAGAAGCUUGACAACCUUCAAUGUCUGUACUGUGAGAAGAAUUUCAAGGACCGCAUGACCCUCAAAGAACACAUGAGGAAAAAGCAGCACAAAAGAAUCAAGCCACAAAAUCCUACCUAUGACAAAUUCUAUGUCAUCAAUUAUCUGGAACUUGGUAAAAAUUGGGAGAACAUACAGUCAGAACAUGAUGUUGCCGUAGAAGAUGAUGAGACUGACAAUGAGGAGUGA